AUUGGAAAAUUUUCAAAUAAUUCAGAACGAAUUUUCUUUCUUGUAAUUAGUUAAUGUUUUUUUAAUCUUCAAGUUUAAUUUUUGUGUUUUUGAAUAUUAGUAAAAUUUUUCUUAGUUGCAUAUACUUUUUGCAGAUUAAAUUCUGUAAUAAAUAAAUAAAUAAAUAAAUAAAAAUAAAAAAUAUAUUUUUUAUCGAAUAGUGAAUUAUUCACAAUCUGUGCUUCCGAGUGAAUUGGAAUUAUUUAAAAAGAAGGAAAAUGGAUUAUUAAAUAAUUUUAUCAGUGUUUUUCGAUGUAAAAAUUUUUUUUACUAUGUUAAACUUUCCUGUUUUUUUACAUUACAUUUUUACUCAACAAUUGUGGUGAUAAAUUUUAACAAUAAGAAGAAUGCAUCGAGAAAAAGAAAGAACUACUAUCGAUACUAGUCCUAUUUAUGAAACUUCAUUGAGCAGUAUUUUUCAUGAUCCCAGACGUCUGCUGGAUUUCCAAAGACUUUCGGAUUCCAAUCCAACGGACAAUUGGAAUUCGCCACAAACAACAGCUGCAAAUUCAUAUCUAUGGAAAGGAAAUGAAUUAUUCAAAAAAAAUUUUUCUGGUGACAGAUUUAUACCGUUAAGAAAAACUGUCAACACAAAUGCUUUUAAUUUUAAAUAUCAAGGAAAACUUGUCAAGGUGGAAAAUGAAAAUGAACUACAAGUAUUGCCCCAAUUAAAAUUUUUAACAACUGAAUGGCGUAAACGAGUUAUGAAUGAAAGAAUGUUGGAAAUGAAUUUAUUUCCAGGACUUCGACAAGCACGAAUAUUAAAAUUAUGUGAAAUGACGACAGAAACUAGUAAUAAAUCAAAAUAUCGAACUAAAGGAUAUUCUGAUGAUAAAUUCUGGGAAUGUCGACCACGUAAAAGGCCAUUAAUUGUUCAGUCGCAGAAAGAUUAUGAAAAUCAUGAUAUUCAUCAAAUACAACAAAUAUUUAGAUUUCCAUUUCAAAUACGUGGAAAAUAUUUGGUUGAUUGGAGUAUAAAAAAUGAAAUUGUCAUGGCAAUUGAUGAAGGAACUGGAGUUUUUAAUGCUGAUUCUCCAUCUUCAUUGUCUUAUCUCAGUUAUCUUGGGAGUGAGGAUGAUAUUACCGUUGUUAAAUGGAAUAAUAGUGGAACAAGAUUUGCAAUCGGACGAGUAGACUCAACAGUUUCGGUGAAAUGUGAACAGGUUGAAGAAGAUGUACUUUGGUAUCGUCAAUGUCCCUGUGAUAAAAUUCCCGAAUGUGAAAUUGUCAUUGUCUGUUGGUCAAGUACAGAUAAAUUUAUCGUCUCAGCAUGUUCCAAUGGAAGAUUAAAUAAUAUAGUCGCCAAUACUGGCAAAGUACAAAACACUGAAUUCUGCGAUGCUGGAAUAAUUUACAUCGCACUAUCGCCUAAUGAUAAAUUUUUAGCAGUUUCAUUUCAUGAUAAAUCGGUCAAAAUUAUUUCCUGGCCCGAUUUUCAACCUUACAUGAAUGUUCACUAUUACAAACGAAUAAAGGCUAUUGCUUGGCAUCCGUGGAAUAAUCACAUUCUUUGCAUUGGCGGUGGACAUCACGAUGGCUCUUUAACUGUUUGGAAUAUUAAUACCCAAAAACCAUUACAAUAUCGUACAAUCGAUUUUAUGGGCGCUGUGGAAAAUUUAACUUUUAAUAAAUUAACUGGCGAGUUAAUUGUGCAUUGGAUUUGCUUAGAGCACAAUAGACGAGAAGUAAAAAUUGUUGUUCUUGCAAGUUUAGAUAGAAUUGUUGAUUUUAUUCCCAUUUACAAAGAUAAAAUUUUAAACUUCACAUGGAAUCCAGAUCAUACGAAAAUUGCUUUGUCGUACAAUAACACAUUAUCGAUUUGGAAUAUUUUCGGUCAAGAAGAUCAUUUAAUAAAAAAGAGGAAAAAAGAAAUACAUAUUCCAACAUUUAUACACACAUUUCCCAAUGAAUCAUAUUCGAGUUUAAGUACUGUCUCUAAAGGAUUACAGGAUUACAAUAUACGAUGAAAAAAAAGCUCAAUGGCUGGUCCAUGAAAAAGGAGAAAAUUUCAUCGAACAAAAAAAAAACCAAAAAGAAAAGUUUUUAAAUGUAUUUUUAAAUUUUAUUUUUAUGUUAAUAAACACGAUUUUCGAAUAA